AUGUCGGAGAGAAAGCGCCGCGCCGGGCCAGGCGCCGCCGCGGGUGGUCCGACCUCGAAGAAACCGCGCGGCGCCUCGGCGGCUGCGUCCUACGCCCAAUCCCUCCGCUCGAAGCUCCGCCCCGACGACUCCAUCCUCGCCUCCCUCCGCGCCCUCGCCUCCGCGUCCGCGAAACCCAAGCCCGCGGCCGCGUCCUCCGCCGGAGCCAAAGCCCUGGCCGACGACGACCCGGCCUCCGCCUCCUCCUCCUACAUCGUGGUGGCCGACCAGGACAUCAACUCCGUCACCUCCCGCAUCAACCGCCUCGUCCUCUCCGUCGCGCGCAGCAUCCUCUCCGGCCGCGGCUUCUCCUUCUCCGUCCCCUCCCGCACCUCCACCAACCAGGUCUACCUCCCGGACCUCGACCGCAUCGUGCUCCUCCGCCGCGAGGCGGCCAGGCCCUUCGCCAACGUCGUCACCGCGCGCAAGGCCACCGUCACCGCGCGCGUCCUCUCCCUCGUCCACGCCGUCCUGCGCAGGGGGAUCCACGUCACCAAGCGAGAUCUCUUCUACACCGACGUCAAGCUCUUCGAGGACCAGUCCCAGUCCGACGCCGUCCUCGACGACGUCUCCUGCAUGCUCGGAUGCACCCGCUCCUCGCUCCACGUCGUCGCCUCCGAGAAGGGUGUCGUCGUUGGCCGCCUCAUCUUCCACGAUGACGGUGACCGCAUCGACUGCACGCGAAUGGGUGUCGGCGGUAAGGCCAUCCCGCCCAACAUCGACAGGGUUUCAGGCAUCGAGAGCGAUGCCCUCUUCAUCCUGCUAGUGGAGAAGGAUGCUGCCUUCAUGCGCCUCGCCGAGGACCGGUUCUACAACCGUUUCCCUUGCAUCAUCCUGACGGCGAAGGGGCAGCCGGAUGUUGCCACCAGGUUGUUCUUGCGGCGGCUUAAGGUGGAGUUAAAGCUGCCGGUGCUUGCAAUGGUGGACUCUGAUCCUUAUGGGCUGAAGAUCUUGUCAGUUUAUAUGUGCGGGUCCAAGAACAUGUCGUAUGACAGCGCCAAUCUGACUACGCCGGAUAUCAAGUGGCUCGGCGUUCGGCCAAGCGACCUGGACAAGUACAGGGUACCGGAGCAGUGCCGGCUUCCCAUGACUGAUCACGAUAUCAAGGUGGGCAAAGAGAUGCUGGAGGAGGACUUUGUGAAGCAGAAUGAAAGCUGGGUGAGGGAGCUGGAGACCAUGUUGCGAACAAAACAGAAGGCUGAGAUUCAGGCUCUGAGCUCGUUUGGGUUCCAGUACCUGACUGAGGUAUAUCUGCCUCUCAAGCUGCAGCAGGAAGACUGGAUUUGAGAUCUCUUCUGGUGGCAGAUGAUGAUAUUCUCAUACGGAGGAAUAGCGCCCCAGUCCGAAGCUUCAAGGAGAAAUUUGAAAUGGCCAGGAAAUAUGUACACCACAUGUGGCAAUUCCUUUGUACCAAAUUAUACAUUUGAAAUAACAUAUGUGUUGUAUUUUUCCCCUUCUGCUUAGAGUAGAAUUUGUGAUUGACUUGUGAGACCUGUAUUUAGAAGCAAUUGUCUGGAUCUCUGAAAUUGGAUCUGAUACCUUAAAGCUAUUAUAUUGGUAUCAUUUGCAUCUUAAAUGCACGCAAAGGCCAGAGAUCAGUAGAAAGAUUAAAUCUAAUUGAGAAAAGAUGUA